AUGUCUAAUGAGCCAUUGAACCAUCAGCUUCAAAAACUCAAGAUCCGGUUGAAAAAUUGGGAACACGAGUUUUCGCAUAAUCAAAAUCGGAAACCGUCGAAACAAGAUGUGAAAUCAAAUCCUUCUAUAUCCCUACUCUACAAGGAAUACUAUAAAUUAAAGCAAAAGGUUGCUAGCGGUACUGACGAAACAACCAGUCUAAGAAAAAAAGAUGAAACUCUGGAGCAACCAGAAUUUCGAACGCCAACAAAAGUCCGAAAAAUCGAGAAACGUUUAUUUGAGCAGGAAACGCCAACGUCAAAACAACUUGAGGUGACACCCAAGAGCGCUGACAAAAGCUUGCUGGGACCCACUCCACAGCUUUCACGAAGGGUGAUUAAUAUAUUUGAAGAUAUUUCACCAAACCCAUCCCCGAGUGGGAAAACCCCCCAGACAGCAGAGACUUCUGUAAUGAGCAUCGCUGAAACUUCUAUGCAGUCCAUGACACCGACGACACCAUCCAAGCGGAUACGUCCAUCUGUAGAUUUAUCAUCACCUUCUUCUGCCAUUUUUGAUACACCUACUACGUAUCGCACAGAAGUGCCGUCUUCUCCAAACUUUUUGCGAGUCUCUUCACGGUGUCGGAAAAGCUUGAGCGAAAUGAUACAAGAACUAAAAGACAUUGAAGACGAUUACGGAAACGAUGAAGAGAGAAUUCUAGCAGAGGUGGAAGAAAAUGAGAGUUCGUCCUCCUCAGACCCGGAGGAAAACCCUGCACAAGAUUCCACGAGACCAUUUAAGCGACGUGUUAAGAGACAAAAUCGACUAGUGAAACUACCUCCUUCAGUCAGUGCAGAAAAGAGCCAUCUGGAUCGUAUGCCGGAGAUUGACGAGGAAGAAGAAGCCACAGCGAAUGCCCCAGAUCAAGAAGAAGAAGAAGAAGGAAAUGUUGCCAGUUCGACUGAAAGACCCUCUUCGAAAAAUGCAAAGUCGGAAGAAUCCAAACGACGUUUAAAAAAUGGACUUUUACUUGGAAAGCAAGUGAGCCAAAACUAUUCGUCUUACAAACUCAAUCGAGGAAAAGGAAAGAAUUUCCGUUCUCGAAGGUAA